AUUGAUCAGUCCCAAAGGCUGUCUGUCUGGCCCAGUCGUUUUCCAGUAGAAACAGACCUUUGAAAGAGCUCCAAUAAAGACAGACGUGUCUGAGCCAGAUAUAAAUAUCCCGAAAGUGCUGUCGAUCUUGUCUCUCACUGGAACACGUUGGCUGGGUGUUGGGAAUACCCAGUUCAGUGAUCAGAGAAACCAGAAUCUCCUCUGGUAGCCUACAGUCUGCUAGUAGUAUGUACAUGUCCAUGUACCUCAAUCCUGUUCUUUCAUUGUGCCAGCGCUUAUCGCCUUCUUUCUCCAGCAUCAACCUGGUCCUCCUCCUUUCGAUCUGAAGACUGCGACUAUCCUACGCAAAGAGUACUUGCAACUAUGCAGCCUUCACAGUCACCCUCUCGACGGACAUCCCAGGUAAUGAGCUCUCCUACCAUCCCCACCACCAUCCCCCACGCAGGGGGCACAGGACAAGGAACCGGGGACCAUUCAGGACCGCUGCGUUAUCCAAAAGCCCUCACGGCAGCGGAGUUACAUCUGAUGCUCGAGACAGAGCAGGAGGCAAUGGUAAAUCGCUUGACAAAGGAGCUCUCUCUUCUCCGCCAGCAGACAGCGUCUGUUGCAUCGACAGCGUCGUCGACGUCGACAACUUUCAAUGAUCCAGUUGAUGCACUCCAUACUCUCCACUCUCCACCCUAUGCCGCCAAUACGCAUCCUACCCAAUCACAUCGACAUCGGUCUUCGUCAAAUCUCAGUUCGUAUAUUCCAGCCGUUCAGGGCUCGAGAACGGGAAACGUUGCGGGCAUUGCACCUGCCCGGGAUAGCAGUAUUCCCGGCUCACGCCCUUCGGUUGAUCCGCCUCGAGCAAAUCGAAGCAGGGCGCCAUCCGCUACCUCUCCUCACCUUUCGGACAGGGCUUCUCCGUCGCAGCAGAAUGAGCACUGGUCUCAUCCCCGUCCCCAGAGGAACUCGUUUCAAAUGACCUCUCCGACUGGCUCAGUCCCCCGACCGGAGGAAGUAGCACAUUAUCGGGGGGAACUGGAAUCACUCAAGCGCGAGAACGAUGCUCUGCGGAAGCGGGUGAGGGAUCUCGAACAGGUAGUCAGGCAAUGUCGGGAGCAGCAAGCGGCUCCAACAAGCGAAAGCCCCGUCGCGGCCCCUGCCCCGGCAACUGACACGGAGGACACAUCUGUUGCCGGUUCCAAAUAACAAACGAGGGGCACAGAUCAUUUCAGUGACACAAAACGUGUGUUGUCUUUCCUUUUGUGGUUGAAAUUGAUCUCAUGGCACAAUGAUGGCAUGGAAUAAUGGCUAGGUUUCUGACGAUCUGUAGAAUAGUACUACUGGCACAACUACAUCAGGAAUGGAAUUGACUACUGUGCUUGCUACACCAUGAGACGAUCAGUGCUGCUUGUAGGUCGCCGAGGCCAGGCACAAACAUAGGCCUGGCAUGAUGUCAGGGAUUACUAUUUUAUUCUGUCUAUU